AUGAAUAGUAGCGCUUUAAAUAAAUCCAGAAGACAAUAAAGUUCUUAUGAUUCUAAUUCAUAAUUAAGAACUAUACUCUUGGCUUCAUUAGCAAAAUUACAGUAUUCUUCUAAACAACCAUUUUAGUUCCCAAAGUACAGCUUAGACAGGAUUUAGUGAAUUGAGGUAAUUAAUUGGCUAAUUGUCUUAAAAUUAAUUCGUAAUUUUAACAAAUCUGCUUGAUUCAAAUGAUCUCUCUAAAUAGGCAAAGAAGGAUUAUAUUAAAGUCUUUGGUCUUUUAUCUGAAAUAAGAGGUAAUGAUAUCUAAGAAUAAAUACCAAGAGUAGUUCAAAUAAUUAAUAAAAGAAUUUCAGAAGGUACUAAUAUAUAAUGAAUUUUAAAUAGGAGACUCCUCUUUUUUACAAGUAAUCUCAGACACUUUUGCGAAUAUUAAUGAAUUUACAAUUCAAACAUCUCCAAAUUAAUAUGAUUUAUUCUUCUAAAUAACUGAAUUGCUACAGACUAAUUUUAUACAUAAUAACAAAGUUGCUUAGUUAAUAAGUGCAGCCUCUCUAUCCAGACUUAUCAAAACUAGCAAAUCGCAAUUAUUGGAGCUUGUUUGCAAAUAAUACACUUAACGAACUUUAGAAAUAUUAAAGUAAAUUUUUAUUUUUACUUAGAUCACCUCAUUGUUAAACAUAAUAAGGAUUAUUGGAAAGUCUUUUGAGUAUAAUUUUAAGUGUGGAAGAAAUCUUUGAGCCAAAUUUGGAAGAUUGUUUAAAUACAAUUUGUAAUUGUCUAUAAUCAUCUGAAUGGAAUUCACGGUAUCAUUUAUUUUAUGAUUAGUAAAAUUGCAGUGGAUAUAUUGUAUACAUUAAGUGUUAUUUUUCCACAUUAUUUUAGAGCUAAUUAACAAUACUCUAAUAAGAUUAGUGAAUUAAGAUUUGAUAAAAUUAAGCAUGUAAGGGAUGCUGCUUCUAUUGCUAUUUCUUCAUUAAAAGAGUCUUAAAUUUUAUAAUAAUAAUCCUAAAGAGAACAUAAAUCACUGUUUAAAUAAAAUGCAAAUAAAAGUUUUUUUGAAAAAAAACAUGACAUUCAAAUUGUAGAGAACAAGCCAAAAGAAAUUAAUUUACAAAAAUAGUAAAUUUUUGGAUAUGAUCCGCAAUUAAAAAGGGAAAGAUUUUAUAGUAACGAAAAAAGAUAAUCGCCUUUUUAAAUUUUGACCGAAUCAAAUGUAUUAGCAUCUCCCCAUUAAGAAUAAAUUUAAUAGAUGGAGUCCAAUAAUAAAAUAAAUACUUUUGGAUCUAGUUCUAAGAAAAGAUAAGUCAAUCUUAGUUAAGAAAUUUAAACAUCAAAUUAAUUAAUAAAUUCAAUCACACCUAAAAAAUAAUAAACAGAUCUGAUUAAAUUAUAUGAUUCUGCUAAAUCUAAGUAAUUGGCUUAUUAUGAAUAAAUUAUUGCUAAAAAAAUUGAAGAGUCUGAAUAGAUAACUAAGCAGGAAUUUUCUAAGAUUAAUAGUAGAAUAGAUAAAAUUGAAUUACUAUUAGAGAAGAUGAAUGAAACAAUUGAAAACAAAUUUUAAUAACAAUAAUAACAAUAAUAACAAUAAUAACAAUAAUAACAAUAAUAAUAAUAAUAAUAAUAAUAAUAAUAAUAAUAAUAAUAAUAAUAAUAAUAAUAAUAAUAAUAAUAAUAAUAAUUACAAUGCUUGAAAAAGAAAGUAUAACCUGUUGAGAUUUAUGAGGAUUAGAUGAUUCCUUGUUUACUUCAUUAAGAAAAUCAAUAAUAAAAAGAUUAACUAAUGUAUGAUUCAUUAAAUGAAGCUAACUAAGAAUAAUUAUAAAAUUCCAAAAUGAAAGAUUUAUUUUUUUUUGGAUAAAAAUGUGAAUUAAUUACAGAAUCUAAAUUAGGAGAAUCAAAUUUUGAAUUUAAUUCAAGAAAGAUGAGUGAAGCAGAUUGUAAAGAAAGAGAAAAUCAUUAAAGAUCUACUUCAGAGGCUUCUCCAUAAAGAAUUCGAGAUUAAUCAAUUCUAACCAAUGACAGCAAGUAGACAAAGGAAUAGACUUCUCCAUUACCUUAAUUAAAGGAUCCCAAAAUUCAAGAAUAAUAGAAGAUAAUGUAAAGAGUAGAGGAAUAAUUGAAAGUAAAAUUAAUUUAUGAUUUUAGAAAGAAAAUUUAAAUGAAGCUUAUUGUACUGCAUUAACGUCUUUAGAUGAUUAAAUUAUUAUAUCAACUAUGAUGAAAACAGGUCCUUGUACAGAAAGACUUGAUUCUACCUAAGUGGAAUUUUUAUUGCAUAAAUUAAGGACUCUGGAUUGGAUUGAAAAUGCUCUUUAACAUCAUUUAGCUAGAAUGCCAGCUAUCCUAUUAAAAUCAAUAUCUACAUAAUUAAAUAAUAUCCAAACUACAGAAUAAGUAAGAAGAAUUUAAAACUUAAUUGACAAAAAGCAAACUUUGACCUCAAAUUGA